AUGCAUAAACGGAUGUAUUGCACUGUAUGUUUGAGAGUAAACAUAGCCGAGUCUGGCGAGAGACCAGGACGGAAGCAAACAGCGGACGCCGCGGCGCCGCGCGCGCACCGGCCGCUCCUCAGACAGAGCAACACGCCCGGCUCGCCCGCAGAGACGUCACAAGGAAACCGCGGUGCCGCGCGCCGGCCGCUCCUCAGACAGAGCAACACGCCCGGCUCGCCCGCAGAGACGUCACAAGGAAUCCGCGGUGCCGCGCGCCGGCCGCUCCUCAGACAGAGCAACACGCCCGGCUCGCCCGCAGAGACGUCACAAGGAAACCGCGGUGCCGCGCGCCGGCCGCUCCUCAGACAGAGCAACACGCCCGGCUCGCCCGCAGAGACGUCACAAGGAAACCGCGGUGCCGCGCGCCGGCCGCUCCUCAGACAGAGCAACACGCCCGGCUCGCCCGCAGAGACGUCACAAGGAAACCGCGGUGCCGCGCGCCGGCCGCUCCUCAGACAGAGCAACACGCCCGGCUCGCCCGCAGAGACGUCACAAGGAAUCCGCGGUGCCGCGCGCCGGCCGCUCCUCAGACAGAGCAACACGCCCGGCUCGCCCGCAGAGACGUCACAAGGAAACCGCGGUGCCGCGCGCCGGCCGCUCCUCAGACAGAGCAACACGCCCGGCUCGCCCGCAGAGACGUCACAAGGAAACCGCGGUGCCGCGCGCCGGCCGCUCCUCAGACAGAGCAACACGCCCGGCUCGCCCGCAGAGACGUCACAAGGAAACCGCGGUGCCGCGCGCCGGCCGCUCCUCAGACAGAGCAACACGCCCGGCUCGCCCGCAGAGACGUCACAAGGAAACCGCGGUGCCGCGCGCCGGCCGCUCCUCAGACAGAGCAACACGCCCGGCUCGCCCGCAGAGACGUCACAAGGAAUCCGCGGUGCCGCGGCGCCGCCACGACGCUAA